CCAAUCGGUGGCGGCAGUGGAAUGGAUGGGGGAAAUUCACAGGAAGUAUUGGUGUGAAGACGGCGACGAGCUGGUCGACAGUGGUGGGUACUUCUUUUUCCCCGAGCUGGAGGCUAUGGAUGGGGAGUAUCAGGUGGACAUCUUAAACCAUCACCCAGCUCCGUUUUUGUCCGAGGCAGCGGCGUUGGGCUUGGCAAAGAGUGGCGGCGGUGUGGUGGUUUCUUCUUCUCAGGCUGGUGGUGGCAAUGCUGGUGGUAGCAGAGUUGGAGCUUCCACAAACGACCAACGUUUCCUUCUGGUUUUCAUCUUUGGAGCUUACUUCGGGCCGGACUUGAGGAACGAAGUUCCCAGAAAGUCAGCACUGCAGAGGAUUGCUCACCGGCUCCCAAUAUACACGUCCGAUGACUUGGGCGGUUCCGUGUUUAAGCUCUCGGAGAUGGAGAGCAUCUACUACUACGCGCUCAGGCAUUCGCAUCCGUCCGCCAGGGUGAAGCUCCAGUCCCUGUACAAGUUCCUGCAGGGCCAUCUUGCUCCACCCGUGAGAGAAGCCCUGGAAGACGAUCGGCAGUUUACGACGUUCUUCCCUCCUCACUUGCACAGGCAGUCUCGGUACAAAGGGACGUACAAGGUGGUGGAGAGCAUGGUGUUUAUCAACGAACCGGAACUAUCCUAUAUGAAGCUGGAAGAUAUCGAGAGGUUUAAGAGGUUGACGGGGCUGGGUGAUCUCACGAUGGACCGGGACUUAGCGAGGAGUUUCCAGCAUGGGCAGAGAAACGACAGGGACGAAGAGAGGCAGGCUAGAUUUUACGCUCUGGCAGAAGCUCGUGGACCACUUGGAGUGGAUCAAGACGGUCGGCCACUCCCUCAUGUUUUGCCGGAUCCCAACUUGGAGUCUCGAAAGAAGAGAAAGAAAAGAGAGCAAGCAGAGGCGUCUCUGGCUGCUGCCACGGACUUGACACAAAGAGAUGACAGGACGUCUGCGACGCAGUGGCCGCCAAGUUCUCAAAUGCCUGCUGCGGCCAUGCUGCUCAUCCCGUCACUUCCGACCGUGGAGCAGUGGAACAGGAUAGUGGACGCUGCGAGGCCGUCAAUAGUUCUUACGGGGACUGCCGCGGCUAGACAGUCGGGGCCACUGGUCGGACUCGUGGAUAUCGGAGUCGCCGACGACGCUUAUCUCUUCAGAGCUGCUUUGCCGGGAGUCAAGAAAGACGAAGGCGACUUUAAUUGCGAAGUGGAGUGUGAUGGGAAGGUUACUAUCAAAGGCAUGACAACAACCGGGGAAUCCAGGAUUUUCAGGACGAAUAGAAUGUUUCACAUGCAAACGCAGUACCUUUGUCCGCCAGGCCCGUUUAGUGUUUCUUUCAACCUUCCGGGACCCGUUGAGCCGAAUCAGUUCACAGGCACGUUUGGAUCCGAUGGCGUGCUCGAAGGCAUCGUGAUGAAAGCGAGAGUCAGAAGCGGUGCUGCGUGCUUGACAUUUGAACCUUGAGCCUCUUUCGUCCCAAGGCAGCGAGACUUUCGUCGUCACAUAUUUUUUCAAGCCUGAUAGGACAAGAGGUACAUGGUUUUUCUGGUUUUCCGGUUACGUGAAUUGUUGGUUUCCCUGUCAGAUGUGGAAUCUAUAAUGACUUCGGACG